AUGCUUGCUAUAUAUCUCGCUUAUCUGGCUCUUUGGGUUACUAGCAGUCAUGCUUUCUUCCCUUGGAUACCAUGCGAGGAAGACAGCAGCUGUGAGGCUCAGAAGAGUCAAAAACGAGGCCCUGAAAGUGGUGGGGUUGUGACCUUCCCUCUGUCCAGGAGGGCGUCCAAUAACCAAGCGGUCGAGUCCCAUGGGGAGAGCAUAUCGCGAAUAGCUCGGUAUCUCUCAGCCAAGUACAGUCAGACGGCCUCGUCUGGAAACGACGAGCAACAUGAGGAAUCAAACUUGGCCAGGCGGCAGAAUAACAGAUAUACGAUAUCCAGGGCCCGGGAUCCCAAGACUGCAGACAGCAUACCACUCCACCAGGAUGGCACCGACUUUUCGUACUUUGUGGAUGUCGGCUUAGGCUCUGGUCCAAAGCAAAUGCUGAUGCUCUUGGAUACUGGUGCCGGCACAACCUGGAUCAUGGGCUCGACGUGCAAGUCGACUCCGUGCACCAUCCACAACACUUUUGGAUCUGGCGAUUCAUCCACCUUCAAGGCUGAAGCGAAGGAUUUUUCAAUCAGCUACGGCAGCGGAUCGGUUUCUGGAUCGCUGGCACGGGACACGCUCUCGCUCGCUGGCAAGAAGAUCCCGAUGACUAUCGGUAUUGCCAGCGAUACAUCCGAUCACUUCAACCAUUUCCCAUUCGACGGUAUUCUUGGCUUAUCCAUGGCCAACGGCGCCACGGACAAUCUGCUUCAGACUCUCAAGAAGGAGAAGGCAUUCAAGUCCAACGUGAUGGGGGUUUAUGUCAGUCGCAACUCGGACGGACCCAACAUGGGCGAGGUCACUUUUGGUGGGAUCGAUUCGACAAAGCACGUUGGGGAUAUCACGUACAGCAAAGUUCCGGAAAAUGCUGGUGGUGUCUGGGCCAUCCCUAUGGGCGACUUUUCAUACGAUGGCAAGAAGGCUGGUAUCUCGGGAAGACGCGCCUAUAUCGACACGGGAACGACAUACAUCUUCGGUCCACCUGGUGAUGUCAACGCUAUCCACAAGCAGAUCCCCGGUGCGAAGAGCUCCGAUGGAGUGACCUACACGGCACCUUGCGACUCGAACAAGCCCUUGACCGUCUCCUUCUCGGGCGCCAGCUACACCAUCUUCACGAGCGAUUGGCUGCAGGCUCCCAAUUCCAACGGCGAGUGUGUCAGUAAUCUGUAUGGCAACGAGGUCGUCAGGGGUAGCUGGUUGCUCGGGUCUACAUUCCUCAAAAAUGUCUAUGCCGUCUUCGACAUGGACCAAACCCGCAUUGGCUUCGGCCCUCGGGCUGUUCCACCUCAAAUCACAUCGACCACGAGCGCCUCAGAAACACCGGUAACGACCUCGGCGCCUCUGGCACACGGCCCAACCACUCCAGAAGCGAAUGGCUCUGCUACGGGCGGAACGUCGACGUCGUCAACAGGGUCGGCCCGGCCUUCAUCUAACCAGCCGUCAAGUCCAGCCCAACGCAUAUAUCUCAGUCGAUACGUGUUGGCUGCAUCAUUCUUUAUUGCAGGAACGACUGCUUCGGGGCUUUGA